AUGGCAGAGUCAUCGAGUUCGUCUACUUUGAAAAAGAUAUGUGAAGAGAACAAAAAAUCUCUGUGGAAGAUAAGGCAGAUCGUAACAGAGAAAAGCAAAGAUCGGUUGGACUUUGACAACAACAACGAUUUUGAGAACCAUAUUUUGAGACCCUUGGGCAAGUUAAGUGAAGUGAAGCAAGUCCCUAUAACGAUCAAGAUCGACGAUUACGAUAAGGCGACCCAGCACGAUGUAAUGUUUGGGUAUGAUCGUAACUCUGAUGUUUAUUACAUCGACGAAGCGUUAUUUAGAUUGAAGAAACUUUCUGUUGGAGACGAAAUUGGAUUAUUUUACGAUACUAUUUCAGGGAAAGUGUGUUUCUCUGUGUUGAAAAAAGCUCUACCAUGA